UAUAUAUUUAUCGCGUUUUUAUCCUGAUGUGUGUCUUCUACGGACAUAAAUAUUGAUGUUAGAAUAUUGUGUUACGAACAUGUACAAUUUGAAUUUCGUUCGUGGGUCAGUCAAUCUCGCACUGUCUUAUUGUCAGCUUUGCUAGUUUAAUUUAAUUCUAGCCGAAAUUUAGGAAAAUGAGAGACAUACAAUUCGACGAUGUCAAAACGUACGAUAUAAGAUUCCCGGCGUCAGUAAAGCGCGCUAGAACAAAUGUACAGGUGACUGAUUUUGAUCCCGAUUUCUGUGGUGUAUAUGUAAUAAUUGGCACAAAAGAUGAAAACUAUAAAGGGUAUGGCAUCGCUCUGGUAAAAGAUAUUGAUACUGAUACUGAUAAAGAUACUGAUAGACUUAUGGAGAGAAUAGUUGAAUCUAUGUUUCACGAAAUCCUGAAGGAUAAAACAACAACAAGAAUCUAUAAUGAAUUAGGAGCAGUCUGGAGAAGUUUGUCAACCAUGACACUGCAUUGGAAAUUCAAUCAUCUACGUCCAGCUGCAAUAGCUAUUAUAAGCGCAUUGUGGGAUUUAUGGGCGCGUAUUGAAGAUAAACCGGUCUGGAAGCUUCUUGCAGACAUGACGCCUCAAGAGCUCAUUACUACUAUCGACUUUAGUGACGUUAUGGAUAUAAUAACUCCAGAAGAGGCGUUACAAAUGCUCACAUGCGAAAUGUCCCUCAGAGAAUGUCAUGAAGAGUUAUUAAAACAAUACGGAUGUUUCGCGAGUGUAACUGGCAUCGGAUAUCACGAUAAUCUAUCAAAAAAUAAAGGCUACACUUACCAAAGAAUUCGCGAUCUUUGCAGAAAUUUCAAGAAACUCGAUUUGUCGACGUUUGAGGUGUACGCAGAUCGAAAUGUAGGAGGGAGCGUAAUAAGAUGCCUUGCUAUAGCUAAGAUGAUGGGAAAAAGACGUGGAGCUUGUGUCUGGAGAAAACCAAGAAUAGUGUUAAAUGCGAAUGAAAUUACCUGGGAAUUGGAACAAUUGUCCAGUUUUUUAGAAACAUUAUACAAUAUAUCUAGACGGACUAAGAUUAGGAGUACACCUUAUUGCAUAGAACUAGCUUGGGCAGCAUAUAAAACCAGAUCAAUACAAAAUAAGAUGAAAGGAAGUGACAUCAAAGCUUCCAGCGGCGAAAAGUGCGAUAGUCACUUAGAGUUCAAGGAAUUAGCGAUAUCUUGCCUUCAUAACAUUUGGCAAAUUAAUAUAGGAAAAGUUGGGCUUAAUGAAGCCCUAAUUAUAUAUUUGAUAGCACACAAGAAUAAAUUACCAGUGUGGUUACAUGGCGACGGACUGGGUCUGAGUGAGAUGGGACAGCACGUUCAAAUGUGGGACUAUGUAUGCUUAAAUCGCGCUAAUGAAAUUCGUUUGACACAAGAGAACCCAGCUUACUUUAAUAAUCGUAUAAUAGAAUUCGUGAACUAUCAGCACGGUUACUUUGAAAAUCCUGUAUACAUUCUGAAGGGCUUUUAUAUGCCGCCGACACAUCCUGGAUUUUCAACUAAGCUUAAAAAGAAAUGCACCGCGAGAUGGUCUUAUCCAGAUGGCACACAAUGGCAACAUUUGAUUAAGAUAAAAGAUCUGAAAAAAGGUAAAAAGAAAGCUGAAUUAGAAAAGGAUGAUAGAGAUGAUAUGAUACGGCAAAAUCCAGUGGAUGAAAGUGAUAAAUGAAAAGUAUAUUUUUUUUCUAAUUGGAUGAAUUGUUAAGAUAUAUUGAUUUUGUUUAGUCGAAAGAUAA